GGGGUCACGUGGUGCGCGGCACGCAGAGUCCUUCUGUCGGUUGGUCCUGGAGCGGCGCAGCAGGAGCGGGGCCGUGAGGAGAAUAAAGGCAGCCCCGUUGAUGACUGAAAAUGACAAAGCAUCCACCUAACAGACGAGGAAUCAGCUUUGAAGUGGGAGCCCAGUUGGAAGCCCGGGACCGUUUAAAAAACUGGUAUCCAGCUCACAUAGAAGACAUUGACUACGAAGAAGGAAAAGUGCUGAUCCAUUUCAAGCGUUGGAAUCAUCGUUAUGAUGAGUGGUUCUGCUGGGACAGUCCUUAUUUACGUCCGUUAGAAAAAAUACAGCUGAGGAAGGAGGGCUUACAUGAAGAGGACGGAUCUUCUGAAUUUCAAAUAAACGAGCAAGUUCUUGCUUGCUGGUCUGACUGUCGUUUUUACCCAGCCAAAGUCACUGCUGUUAACAAGGAUGGUACUUACACUGUGAAAUUUUAUGAUGGCAUAGUUCAGACUGUCAAACAUAUUCAUGUCAAAGCUUUUUCCAAAGAUCAGAAUAUUGUGGGUAAUGCUAGGCCUAAAGAAACAGAUGACAAAAGUCUUUCACCAUCUCCUGAUAAACAAGUGAAGUUUAAAGAGCAGAGAAAAGCUGUGGUCAGAGUGAAGAAAGACAAAGAGGACAAAGUCUUCAAAGCCGAAAAGCGACCCAGGCAACCUGACAAAGAAGGAAAGUUAAUCUGUUGUGAAAAGGGAAAGGCAGCCGAGAAAAGCCUUCCCAAGAACGAGAAGGAAGACAAAGAGAACAUUUCAGAGAAUGACAGGGAGUAUUCCAGAGACAGCCAGGUGGAUAAGAAGCCAGAAGACGACAUUGUGAAGAGUCCGCAGGAGAAGCUGAGAGAGCCAAAAAGAAGACGAGGCCGACCCCCUUCCAUAGCUCCUACGGCAGUAGAUUCAAACUCUCAAACUUUGCAACCAAUUACAUUGGAAUUGAGAAGACGGAAAAUAUCAAAGGGAAGUGAAGUUCCAUUAAAACGUCCUCGACUUGACAAAAAUUCAUCCCAGGAAAAGUCAAAAAACUAUACAGAAAAGGCUGAGAAAGACUUAUCCAGGAGACGGUCCAGCAGGCUGUCCACUAGUGGGACUCAGGAGAUCCCAGAUCCUGACUUGGCCGGAUCAGAUUUGGUGGAUCGAGUUGAUGUAGAUCCUUUGCAUCACAUGCCAUCUGAUGUCAAGGAGUCUGAAGAAGGUCGUUUGAAAUCUCCAUUGGACGCUGGCCAGGUCUCAACAGCACUAACUUGCCACUCCUUAGGGAAUGGGUCCGGGGCUGCAGGCCUGGAGCUGAACUGCAAGUCCAUGGGAGAAAACACUAUGAAAACUGAGGCAGCCUCUCCGCUUGCUGAAUUACGAGAGAUUUCCACGGUGGAAGUAACAAAUACAUUUAAGAAAACAAAUGAUUCUAUGACAUCUAACGUAUCAGCUGGGGACCUGAACCACAAAUUUAGGUGCAAAGUUGUGGACUGUCUAAAAUUUUUCCGCAAAGCCAAGCUAUUGCACUACCACAUGAAGUAUUUCCAUAGAAUGGAGAAGUCACCCGAGCCAGAGGAGAGCCCAGGCAAGAGGCACGUCCAGACGAGAGGCUCUUCAGCUUUGGACAAGUCCAGCCAGGAGAGCCUAACGAGGAAGCGUGUUUCAGCCAGUUCCCCAACUGCAAAAGACAAGGAAAAGAGUAAAGAGAAGAAAUUUAAAGAGUUUGUGAGAGUGAAGCCAAAGAAGAAAAAGAAAAAGAAAAAGAAAGUCAAACCUGAAUGUCCCUGUAGUGAGGAGGUCAGUGACACCUCCCGGGAUCCUUCUCCACCCAAGGCAUUCGCUGUCACCAGGUGUGGGUCUUCACAUAAGCCUGGCGUCCAUAUGAGCCCUCAACUUCAUGGCUCAGAGUCUGGAAACCACAAAGGGAAAGUGAAAGCACCUGAAGAGGAUAAUGUCAGUGAGUCUUCUUCUGAGAGUUUUCUUUGGAGUGAUGAGGAGUACAGCCAGGAUGUUGAUGGGACCCCCAACCCGGAUGAAGAACUUGAUGGAGAUGACCACUAUGAUUUUGAAGUGGUCCGCUGCAUCUGUGAAGUCCAGGAAGAAAAUGACUUCAUGAUUCAGUGUGAAGAGUGCCAGUGCUGGCAGCAUGGGGUCUGCAUGGGAUUACUGGAAGAAAAUGUGCCUGAGAAAUACACCUGUUAUGUUUGCCAAGACCCUCCAGGUCAGAGGCCUGGCUUCAAGUACUGGUAUGACAAGGAGUGGCUGAGCAGGGGACACAUGCAUGGCCUGGCAUUUCUAGAAGAAAACUACUCCCAUCAGAAUGCUAAGAAAAUUGUGGCCACACACCAGCUUCUUGGCGAUGUGCAGAGAGUGAUUGAGGUUCUGCAUGGCCUGCAGCUUAAGAUGAGCAUCUUACAGAGCAGGGAGCACCCCGAUCUGCAGCUGUGGUGCCAGCCCUGGAAGCAGCACUCAGGGGAGGGUCGAGUUCCCUCCACGCACAUCCACAUCAUGGACCCCAGGAGCAAGGAGGAGGACCCCAUCUACAGAACUUUGAAUGGGGCAGUGGAGAAGCCCCCGCCCCGGUCUGUUGAGGAGUCCUAUAUCACCAGCGAGCAUUGCUAUCAGAAGCCCCGUGCCUACUACCCUGCCGUGGAGCAGAGGCUGGUGGUGGAGACACGGGGCUCUGCCCUGGACCAUGCAGUCAACCCCCUCCAUGAGAACGGCGACGACUCCCUCUCCCCACGUCUGGGCUGGCCUCUAGACCAAGACAGGAGCAGGGGUGACGGUGACCCCAAACCCAGCUCCCCAAAGGUGAGGGACUGUAUCCUCCCAGAAGAAACCCCUGCGCGGAAGCUGCUGGACAGAGGUGGAGAGGGGCUGCUGAGCUCGCAGCACCAGUGGCAGUUUAACCUGCUGACCCACGUGGAAUCUCUGCAGGAUGAAGUCACACACAGGAUGGACUCCAUUGAGAAGGAGCUGGAUGUGUUGGAGAGUUGGCUGGACUACACUGGGGAGCUGGAGCCCCCAGAGCCGCUGGCCAGGCUCCCGCAGCUCAAGCACUGCAUCAAGCAGCUGCUCACAGACCUGGGCAAGGUGCAGCAGAUUGCCCUCUGCUGCUCUACAUGAAACUGGGCACCCAGCACUAGUGGGAGCACCACUCCCGGGCACCUGCAGGAGGAGCGUUGCAUAUUUAAAUGAACUUAGCAUGCCGAAUGCACGCGACACCAACUGACUUCAGGGAUCCAGCCAGGAACAUGAGGGGAUGCUGAACAAAGGCCAUUUUUGGCUGGUGGAGGACAAGGCACUCUGCUCUUGAAGCCUGCUAAGAAGGUGGCGGAUAAGACUCUUGGGGAUUCCCUUCUUCUGUGCACAUUGUUGAAUGAAGAAGAGUCGUUUUGCACAAACUUCACUUGAAAUCGUGCCACUGAUAAUGGAAUGAGAACCAAAAAAGUUUGAGACAGUUGUUGAAUUCUACUUGCAAUGUAUUUAAUUGACUUUUUUGUCAGAUUGGGCACAUGCCCACCCUGCUGGUUUCUGCCUGGCAUGGUGCUUAGGCAUCUUCAUGGGACUGUUGGGACUCCAGCAUUCUGUGGCGGCUGGGAAGAAGCAGAGGCCUGGCUGCCCUGCUUUUCCACCAGGACUCCUCACGUAUCUCACAUCUCUUGCAUGAUUUUCUGGUACCUGGGACACAUUUUGUAUUUCACCCCAAGCUGGCUUUUGUAGCAGAGACUGUCAGCCGGUGGAGGAACUAGAAUCUUCCAAACUGAAGCAGGCAGGGUGUGGAAUCCCAAAGGACAGCGUUUCCUAUCCACCUCUCAACACUGACCACUUCCUUGUUCUUAUUUAACGUCCAAAAAAACGGUUCCCAAAAUUUUGAACUUUCACUGUAAAGAUUUGUUACAGAGAAUGUGGUUUGGGGAAAUUUCCUUAUUGUUUUAUACCGUCGUAAACGUCAGAUGUGACCCGUGCCGCUUUUCUCCUCCCCUGAAGGGUGUGCUUAAUGGUCUGCAUCUUCAGGAUUGUCUUGUUAAUAUACUUCAACACUUUAAUUCCCAUGUAUUGUUUUGUGAGAUCAAAGUAAUUAUGCUGCUUAAGGUCCAGGUACAAGCCUCUCAUACCCUUUGAGACAUUAUUUCUUACUUUUGCAGGUUACGGUUCCACACGUGUAAUGUCUGUAUCUUGUUUUUGUUUUUCCUUGCGAGGCAGUGAAAGAAUGUGUUCCAUGCUUUGACAAAGUGACCCGUUUCACUAGUUUUCUUAUCACUAAAUGCAAAAAUCAAAGCACAGUUGUCCACAACCACAAUUAUGGGUUUAUGAAUCUAUAAUGUUAUCUGCUGCAAAUAUUUACUAUGUAAACAUGAAGUAGUGGUGACAGUGUCUCCAAGGGCCCGCCGCAGUGGUUAGGCUUUAAGGUGCAGGUCGUUGUGGUCAUGAACUCAGGCCUUCGCGCCAAGGAAGACCUGUUUCAGGGAGAGCUCCCUCUAUAUCGUGUUCACCAUUUGGUAUGAAAUGAAUUCUAGAACAAGCGUAAGUUAACCUGUUGUAGUUUUUCCAUCGAGGGGAGUACAUGAGGCUGUGACAUAGGGGGUAACAAAGUUGGCAUGGUUUCCCUGUAAGAAGUUGUUUACCACUGCCAGCCUUGGUGGUUGAUGUGGGAAGAAAUGCUGAGUAUGUGUGUAGCACCAGUGCGCUGUACAGUUUAUCAGAAAGCUGUGUUGUACCAACUGUGGUACUGGUCCAAAAAAGGGAAGAAACAGGAUGGUAUUCUGUAGCCACAACUGUGAGAUACGAUGAUGUUGUAUUACAUUACUGAUUUUUUUUUUUUUCCUUCAGGAAAUGCAUUAAAAAAAAUCACAGGAAAGCUGUUAACGUUUCUUGUGUCAGGUUCAAAGAUGAAAGUAGAAAGCGGAAUUACCUUCAUUCUGCCAGGUGGCCAUGAUUAUCUGUAUUAAGUUUCAUAAAGGAAAUAAUCCAUUUCACUCAUUGUGACCUUUGUUCUUUGGAAAGCAGGGAUAGUGGCAGCGUGCUUCCCUAACUUAAAGCCAUGUUGAGGGGUUCCAUUCCCAAGUUCCAGGUCAAGUUAACUUCCCACUUUGGAGCACUGGAAACUGUUAUUCAAACCUUGCUGUUACCAUUUAGAAAUAUGUGCACUACCUAAGGGGUUUUUUUUCUUUUUUUUUUUUUUUUUUAGAAAAACUAUCCACCUAUAAGAAAUUGCCUUGAUAAAAGGUCUGAUUUGAAUGGUUUUGUUUAAGUGACGAGCCAACGUUGCACUGUGGAUCUAUAUGUUUACGCGCUGUUAGAACAGAAGGCGCUGUAUAUAGAAAUGUUGCUUUGAAGCAAUAUUUGCAAAACAUGCAAACUUCUGUAUCUGUAUUUGGAAACAAUAAACAGGUUCUUGUUGCUA